GGCCUUUUCCUUCCCGCAGCUCCCAGGGCACCGCGUCUGGAGGCGGAAGAUGGCGUCGCGGAGGGUCCUGUCUGGGCUGCGCGCGGUCCGGCGGCCGCCGCGGCUGCUGCUGCUGCUGCUUCUGCUCCUCGGGCCGUGGGCCGCGGCGGGCCAUGCCGGCAAGUACUCGCGGGAGAAGAACGAGCCCGCGCCGCCCUCGAAGCGCGAGCCCGCGGCGGAGUUCCGCAUGGAGAAGCUGAACCAGCUGUGGGAGAAGGCCCAGCGGCUGAAUCUUCCUCCUUUGAAGUUGUCCGACCUCCACACUGAUCUGAAGAUUCAAGAGCGGGAUGAAUUCAAGUGGAAGAAGCUGAAGGCUGAGGGCCUGGAUGAGGACGGGGAGGAAGAGGCGAAGCUGGUCCGCAGCCUCAGUGUCAUCCUGGCCAAGUAUGGCCUGGACGGCAGGAAGGACUCGCGGGUCGUGAGCAACAACUUCGUCGACCACGGCCCUGACGAUGAGAGCUUGGAGGACCCCCGGCUGGAGAAGCUGUGGCACAAGGCGAAGACCUCGGGGAAGUUCUCCAGCGAAGAACUGGACAAGCUGUGGCGGGAGCUUCAGCACCACAAGGAGAAGGUGCAGGAGUACCACGCGCUGCUGGAGACCCUGGGCGGGGCCGAAGAAAGCCACGAGAACGCCAUCGGGCCAGUGGACCUGAGUGGCGUGCAGGCGGAGGCGCUGGCGAGCAGGCAUGCGGAGCUGAAGGACCGGCUGCGGAACAUCGGCCAGGGCUUCGACCGGCUGCGCAGGGUCAGCCACCAGGGCUACGGCUCCGAGACUGAGUUCACGGAGCCCCGGGUGCUGGACCUCUGGGACAUGGCCAAGUCAGCCAACUUCACCGAGAAGGAGCUGGAGUCCUUCCGGGAGGAGCUCAAGCACUUUGAAGUUAAAAUUGAAAAGCACAACCAUUACCAGAAGCAGCUAGAAAUUUCUCACCAGAAGCUGAAGCACGUGGAGAGCUUUGGGGACCAGGAGCACGUCACCCGCAACAAGGAGCGCUACGCCAUGCUGGAGGAGAAGACCAAGGAGCUGGGCUACAAGGUGAAGAAGCACAUGCAGGACCUGUCCAGCCGCAUCUCCAGGGCCCGCCACAACGAGCUCUGAGGCCACAGCGAGCUCUGAGGCCCUGCAGCGCAGCCAGCCGCACGGAGGAGGCGUCGGCGGCCUGGGGUUCCCGAAGAGGGGCCCGGGCCCUCGGGUCACUUGUCCGCCAGCAGAACCUCAGGGAAGGCGUGGAGGGGACCGGCCAGGAGGGGCCGUAGCCGGAAGGGCGGACAGACUGCCGCGGGUGCCCCGGGGCCGGGAGGAGGAGCUCCACGAGCCCGCGCCCCCUGCCUGACAGCCAGCUGCCCCCAUGUCAGGAACACGAUUCCCAGCUGCCCAUGGCGUGGUGGCCGCUGUGCUACAAGGCCACGAUUUGCGUUGAAAUCCUGUGACUGCCCCUGGAAACGCUGUGUACAGAGGCCCUUACGCAUGCGUGACGGCAUCCAAAUAAAGCGCGGCCACAGCUGCCA